CUCAGAAUUUUAGCCAGUGGACACACCAGAUUUCCCAGGAAGCGAAAUUAAGUGUUGAAAAAUCGAAUAAGCCGGACUUCGAAUUGGAGCAAUGCGUGUACCAAAUCAACUUCCAGAUUUCCCGGUCAGUUCGACAACAUUUCCAGGUAAACUUUGGCGAUUAGUAAAUAACAAUCUAUUUCGCUCGAUUCAAUGGUCCCCGGAAGGAACCAGUAUCGUCAUCAACAGUGGUUUAUUCAAGAGUGAGGUGCUGAGUGGUGGCGAAUAUGGCGUGUUCAAGACAACGAAUUUCACUAGCUUCGUCCGUCAAUUGAACCUGUACGGAUUUCGGAAAACUAACAUAUGCUCCAAGUCCGCAGGAGGAGAAGCUGCAGAAAUCCAUUAUUUUCAGCACACGUUCUUUAUCAGAAAUAGAUCAGAUCUUCUCUGUAACGUGCGCAGAUCAAGCACAACAAAGCGACGAAGUUAUGAUGAGUACGAAGCAUACCACCAACCAUUAAUUGGUAUCAACCAACACGCACGACACGGGGCGAUCUAUUCGCUACUGAUGACUGAUGACAAUGACAGUACUUGUUAUCCUCCUUAUCCGUAUUAUCUGAAUAAUAAUAAUUCAAACAGAACCCCAUUGAACCAACAUUUGCAAAGUAAGUACACACAUUGCCAAGUAAGUCAUCAGGUCAGGUCAAGUCGAUACAGUCCGUAUCCAGUACAUAAUAGUAGCACAUCACACCAGUUAAUUUCUGUAAACAGGCACAAAGACCAGGUUUCAGCUAGCUGUGACAUCAAUCGACAAGAUGGAACUGCUGUAGGGUUUUCAUCUUUGGAAGACACAUUGGAGCUAACGGCUUUUCUGUCGUCCAAUGGCAUUGGUCUACCUGGAUUUCAAGGUAAAAGUAAUGUUGCUGCCACUUCGAUCUUUUCUCCUGCCCUGACCAAUAGGCCUACAACUACAAAUUAUACUGGACCGCCGACUGAACGUCGUGAAAGAAUCCAGAGACGGUUUGUCGUUCAAGAAGACAUACAGACGCUGUGUAGCCCUGCUAUACAAGAUACUAAUAAGUUGCCGCCAUUUAGUGGAAUCAUGAGGACAUCUGAAACGCCAUCUCUGCGACCUUCUGUUAACAAUAAUUACACUCUUCCGGCAGCUCCUUUUAUACACCAACGUUACAAACUGGAACAUUCAACCAACUGUGCAUCACAAAGUAAUGACAACAGUCAAAGUACCAUUUCUGAGCCGUCUCAAUCCGUUGGGGUAACAAAAUAAAGAAUCCAUUCCUGAACUAUGUGACGUCGAUCAGAUGAAACUUUAUAGAAGAAAAUAAAUUCAUUCAGAUUGCUGUUAUUUAAUGUCGGCCAACAAAAAUCAACUUUAAAUAUCAAAACUUUAUAGAAGGGUUUAGGCUUUACAUGUCGUAUACAAACGUCGUUGUUGUACGAAAGACACGUGCAACACGCUCGCGCAAUGGACGGUUACGCUAAGCUCCGACCCUUGAAUGUUGUUGCUAUACGACAGCGUGAAGGCACGGUUACGUAACGUUUGUGGGGCAUGUUCUGAUUGGUUAGAUUGAGACUCGGGAAAGGGUCACUUUGUCCUUCCAUGUAAGGGUAAGGGUAAUCGUAUUAUUGGGAUGGGCAUGCGAGAUUCCCUGUUGA